GCCGGAAGCGGCGGGCGGGCGGCGGCGGCAGCGCUGGUGCCGCUCCGGGUCGCGCUCCCGCUCCCGGUCCCGGUCCCGGUCCCGUCAUGUCGGGCCGCUGCUGCCACGGGCAGACGCCCAGCCGCGACAUCCCGGGUCCCGGCAAGUGCCUCGCCCUGCCCGACGGGGCCCCGCUGCCGCCCGGCGACUACAGCACCACACCGGGGGGCACCGUGUUCGGGACCACGCCGGGCGGUACCAGGAUUAUUUAUGACAGGAAGUUUUUGAUGGAAUGCCGCAAUUCCCCGGGUGCCAAAACCCCUCCCUCCGACCUUCCCGACAUUCCAGGAGUCACCAGCCCCAGCGUGGAGGAGCUGAAGCUGGAAAAUCACCACGUGCAGAGCUGUGAGGAGAAAGUGAGCGCAGCAGGUGAGGAAGAGCAGUUUGACAUGGACAUCUAACACACCUGCCUUGGAGUGAUGCAGUGAAGCAGCAGGACUUGUCUGGAGGAUUCCCACCAGCCAUGCCUCGAGUGCCUUCCUGCUCUGGGAAAGGCAGAUUUCCCUCAGGAGAGCAGAGUUUGUCCUGUUCCAGGGGCCAGGCCAAGGGUGCUGCAGGAGAAACUCUUCCCCCAACCUUGGUUUUGGUUCCAGUUUUAUGCUUUUUGUUAAUCGUUUUAAUACUGUACCAGGAACGGAAAUGCAAUCUAAGGGAGAAAUAAAAAUCACGUGGAGUCUCCUGGUGUGGAGAUGAAUGCAAUAAAUGUGAUUUCUGUGCCUUAUUUCAGCAACAAACUGAGGGGUUAAAUGGAGUCCCCUAGGGUUGCAAGCAUCCCUGGUCCCUGGAGGAGUUUUGGUGAGCCAAAUCUGCCCCCAGAACACAGACAAAACCUCUGCCCUGCGUGCUUCCAGAAGGAUCUGUCACAUAAUAUUGUUACAGUAAUAAAAAUGCAAUCUAAGGGAGAAAUAAAAAUCAC